AUGACCACCCAACAAACAGCACCAACCCUCUACCUCACCGUCUCCGACACAAAAUAUGCUUACCGCCUCAUUGGUCCUUCCAACCCGACCACCUUCCCACCACUCUUGAUGCUCAACCACGUCCGCAGUACAAUCGAUACCUGGGACCCCGAAGUCAUUAACAACCUCACGUCCACUGACCGUCAAUUGAUCACCUACGACUACGCCGGCCUUGGCCACAGCACCGGCACCAUCGCCGCAAAUAUCCGCGGCUUCGUAUUCGACCUCCUUAAAUUCCUCAAAGCCUUACUCCCAACGCUGAAUACGGAGCAGGUCGACGUCCUCGGGUUCUCCAUGGGAGGCUACAUAGCCCAACAGCUCGUCCUCGACGCUCCAGACAUUGUUCGAAAGAUGGUUCUCGCAGGCACAGGACCGUCUCUCGGCCCCGGCCUCGUGAGGCCGAUGAACGAAGUCCAAAGCACCGUCUUUAACCCGAACCCUGGCCUCCCAACAAUUGAAGCCUUCUUCCCUUCCUUCACGACCGGUCAGGAAGGACCAGCCUGGUUCGACCGCAGCGUCAACUCUCGUGUCAACAUCGCAGGCGAAGACGAGGAGCCAGAGAUGGCGCACUUUACUACCGGCGAAGACCUGGUGAAGCUGACAGCAGCGUACUUGUCCUGGGACGCCGAUCCAGUACCAUACAGUCUCUUGCAAACGGUGCAGAAAGACGUGCUCGUGACGAAUGGUGAUAACGAUCUGAUCGUCCCGACGCAGAAUUCGUUCGUGCUGGCGAGACAGCUGCCAAGGGCGAAUUUUGUGAUGUUUCCUUGUAGUGGGCAUGGGCACCUUUUCCAGUACGCAGAGUAUUUCGCGAAGUUGGUGGACGAGUUCCUAGACGGCAGGUUGCCUGCGGCAUCGUUCUCGGCUGGAAGGGCGGCUGCGCUUAAGCGAUGA